AGCCCUUGAGUUAUCGAAAUCACCAUUGAGAAGUCUCUCUUCGCCCAACUCGAGAUGAAAGCGCGGAGCCCACCUUCAGUACACGCGAGGAAUUCAGCGGCUCAGGAGUCUUUACGCUUGAGAACGAAUCUUUGCCAAUCAUCCUGGUGCACAUCGCGGCGCCAUACAGGGCUUGACCGCGGUGCAACCACAAUGGAAAUCCAACGUUCGCGCGAAGGUAGAUGACGGGAAGUUCCCUUGCGUCCCUUGAUUCUCGAGUCGCUCCUCUAAAGCAAGUUCUGUCGACAGCUCGUCGGGGUACUCUACCUGAGGUAGCAACCUGGCCCUCGCGUUUUAUUCUUGUACAUCGGGGGAGGCCACUUGCAUGUAUUCUCCCACACUGUCUCUAGGGGAAAGUGGCCGACCGCGACCCUGCCGUACGCGAGUCUUCCGUUUGUCUCGCUGGAUACUUCGCCGGCGAUGAGGCGCAAAGCUAAUGUGUCCAAAUGGCCCUGAUUUCUGCCUCCGAUGUUCCACUUCGACCUUUCAUAAUCCACUAUUAUCACUAGGCAUGUCGCUGACACGUCCCUCAGGCAAGGUUUAUGAUGUGACGGACUUCUUAGACGACCAUCCCGGAGGCAGCAAGAUCAUUCUCAAGUAUGCCGGAAAAGAUGCAACCGCGGAAUACGAGCCCAUUCAUCCUCCAGAUGCCAUCAAGACUCAUUUGCCUCCGGAGAAGCACCUAGGGAGCGUCGACCCAGAGACAGUUCAGAAGGUUAAGAUCGAGGUCACGGAUGCGGAGAAGGAGCGUCUAGAGCGCGUCGCGAACCGGCCCCCGCUGUCAGAGGUUCUGAACCUGCAUGAUUUCGAGGCUAUCGCGCGAGUCGUUAUGCCGGAGAAGGCGUGGGCGUACUACAGCUCCGCCGCUGACGAUGAGAUCACGAACCGCGAGAACCACGCAGCUUAUCACAGAAUAUGGUGGAGGCCACGGAUCCUCCGGGACGUCACACAUGUGGACUGGUCGACAAAGAUCCUGGGACACCCUUCCAAGCUGCCGCUUUACAUCACCGCGACUGCGCUCGGCAAGCUCGGACAUCCAGAUGGUGAACUGAAUCUCACCCGGGCCGCUGCGAAGCACGGUGUGAUCCAAAUGAUCCCCACCCUUUCCUCGUGUUCGUUCGACGAGCUCGUCGAUGCCGCGGAGCCUGGCCAGGUGCAGUUCCUUCAACUGUACGUGAACAAGGACCGCGAGAUCAGCAAGAAGUUUGUCCAGCACGCGGAGAAGCGCGGCAUCAAGGCACUGUUCAUCACCGUCGACGCUCCCCAGCUCGGUCGCCGUGAGAAGGACAUGCGGCAGAAAUUCGAAGCAGAGGAUCCCGCAGAGGUGACAGGCAACAAGCAGCAGGACAAGGUCGACCGCUCUCAGGGCGCCGCACGCGCCAUCAGCUCCUUCAUCGACCCUGGCCUCGACUGGAAGGACAUCCCUUGGUUCCAGAGCAUUACUAAGAUGCCGCUGAUCCUGAAGGGCGUCCAGUGCUGGGAGGACGCCCUGCAAGCGUACGACCUCGGCCUCGCGGGCGUCGUGCUCUCCAACCACGGCGGCCGGCAGCUCGACUUCUCGCGCUCCGGCAUCGAAAUCCUCGUCGAGGUCACGCGGGAGCUCAAGGCGCGCCGCGGGCUCACGUUCCCGAACGAGAAGUUCCAGCUGUUCGUCGACGGGGGCGUCCGCCGCGCGAACGACGUGCUGAAAGCGGUCGCGUUGGGCGCGACGGCGGUGGGCGUCGGGCGGCCGUUCUUGUACGCGUUCUCGUCGUACGGGUUCGAGGGCGUAGACCACGCGCUCCAGAUCUUGCACGACGAGUUCGAGAUGAACAUGCGUCUGCUGGGGGCGAGGACGCUGGAGGAGGUCAAGCCAGAGAUGGUGGACGCGAGCUCGUUGCAGAGCCACAUCGUCGCCGUGCCGGGAGAUAGGCUGUACGAUUCCAAUUACGAGAGUAUGCAGCACGCGCGCUUGCGGGAGGUGAAGGCGAAGAUAUGAUGGGGUGAGAUACUAGGCGCGCUUGUCGCUUGAGGACGACGUGUUGAACUCACGCAUAGCAUUCGCAUUUGUUGUCGUAGACACAUUCCACAUUUUGAAUACUAGACCACUUAAGCCAG